GAAAGAGCAGGUGCGCUGGAAGCAUUGAGUGAAGAGCAAAGGGAAGAGAUCAAUGAAGCCUUCUCCCUCUUCGACCUAGACAAAGACAACCACAUCGAUUACCACGAAUUAAAAGUCGCCCUCAAAGCCCUAGGCUUCGACCUUCCAAAACAAGACCUCCUCUCCCUCCUAUCCGCCCACGGCAUCCCUGCUUCCGCCCCUUCCACCACCACCACCACCACCAACAACAAACCAACCUUCUCAGGUCCCACCCGCCUCCUCCUCCCCCAUUCCUCUUUCCUCUCCAUCGCCGCAACCCGCAUCCUCUCCCGCGACCCCCGCGACGAAAUCUUGAGAGCGUUUGACCUAUUCGAUACAGAUGGAAAAGGCGCCAUCAAUUUGGGUGACCUGAGGAGGGUGGCUAGGGAAUUGGGUGAAGGGUUGCAAGAGGAGGAAUUGGUUGCUAUGAUUGAGGAGUUUGAUUUGGAUGGGGAUGGUGCGAUUAGUAGGGAUGAGUUUGUUGGUAUU